CACGACGAGGACACCAUUGCACGAGCACGUCAUGGAAAGCACCCUGGUAUUGUUUGUUAACGGUAGGAAGGUGACAGAGACACGUCCCGACCCCCGGGCCAAUCUCCUUCAGUACCUCAGACGUACACUACGUCUGACAGGCUCCAAGGAAGGAUGCGGAGAAGGGCGGUGUGGAUCUUGUACCGUUAUGGUGUCCCGUUAUGACAGGAGGGAGAAGACUAUCAGACACAUGGCUGUGAACGCUUGUCUGCUGCCGCUGUGUUCCCUGCACAACAUGGCCGUCACCACUGUGGAGGGGGUUGGUGACACGAGGAGGGGACUGCACAAGAUCCAGGAGAGUCUGGCUCAGGCUCACGGAAUCCAGUGUGGAUUCUGUACAUCCGGCAUGGUGAUGUCCAUGUACACACUGUUAAGGAACAUCCUUCGGCCUUCCCAGGAGGACAUCCAGUUGGCAAUGGAAGGCAAUCUCUGUCGAUGUACUGGGUACAGAUCAAUUAUUGACGGAUUUACUCGGGCAGCAUCGGCCAAGUGUUGUCAAGGAGACGAGGUCACGUGUGCAUGUCGGUCACUUGAUACAGAGGAAUGUCAGGAGGCCCCGGACAACCAACAACCGCCUUGGCCCCGUGAAUCAACCCAGGAUGUUAUCUUCCCUCCAGAGCUUAUGCUGGCUGAAGACAAUGAACACUCCUUCACAUUCGAGCACGAGGGAACUACGUGGAUUCGACCUCCCAACCUCCAGGCGUUGCUGCAAUGUCUUGCUAUAAAUCCCAAAGCAAGGGUCAUCGCUGGAGGCACAACCAUCUUUCUUGACAUGAAGCUGAAACACCAGCUGCCCCAGACUCUGUUGUCCACGUCUCACAUCCCCGAGCUGACCAGGCUGACGGUGGAGGAUGAUCAUCUGGUGGUGGGGGCAGGCGUCACAUUGGAGGAACUCAGGACCAGACUUCCGGGUCUCGUCUCGCACCUGCCAGGUUGGAGGAGCCGGUCUCUGAGGGUUCUGGAGGAUGCUCUCCGCUGGGUGGCUGCAGGACAAGUCAGGAGCGUGGCUAGUAUUGGAGGGAAUCUUCUCAACCCCGCCACAGUUUCUGACCUUCAACCGGUCUUCCUGGCCAUGGAUGCCAUGCUUCAUGUCUGCAAUGCCAAAAGCGGUGAGAGGACCAUCCCAUACGGUCACGCAGUUGUGAUCUCGCCACCAGAGAAAUAUCUGGCACCUGGCGACGUCCUCAUCAACAUCAGCUUCCCCUUCACUAAACGGGCUGAUCACGUGAUGUUCUUGAAGCAGCCAGAACGCAAAGGCAGUGACACAGCUGUUGUGAACACAGUACCAAAGAUAACCUUUAAACCCGGAAGUGAUAUCAUUGAGGAGUUGCAGUUCACUUUCGGUGGCAAAUGUUUCCAACCAAUUGUGAAAACCCCAAACUGUAUGCAGCAGAUAGCUGGAAAGAGCUGGUCUUUGUCACUGGUGCCCACUGUGCUUACCUCCCUUGGCAAACUCCUUGACAACAUCACGACCGUCACUGACGACGCCCUGCAUGUCGUCAUGGCCCAUGCUUUCAAGUUCAUGUUUGCUGUAGAAGAGACGCUCAGUGGGAAGACUGCCCCGAACGGCCCCUCUGCGCUGUCUACUGUGGACUACGAGAGUACCCGAGUGUUUGACACUGUCGGUCCAGAUCAACCUCCGGAAGAUGCCAUACGUCGUCCUAUCCCACACUCCAGUGCCCUACAGAUGACGUGUGGAGAGGCUGUGUACCUGGACGACAUGCCGCGAUCUGAAGAAUAUAGGAAAUGUGAACGAAAAAGUCCAAGGGCAAAGGAAAAGGCUCCAAAGAGGCCGCACGCUCGGGUCGUGAAAGUAGACACAGCGGAGGCCCUCGCGUUGCCAGGGGUGACAGGAUACGUGGAUUACGAGGAUGUGCCAGGGACGAACCUUUGGGGAUGUGGUUUAGGAGAGGAGGAAGUGUUUGCUGAAUCAGAGGACGCCAUACGUGAGAAGGCUUUCUAUACUGAGGAAGCAGCCAAGCCCACCAUCGUGUUCGGUGACGCUGAAGCCGGGUUCGCUGCGUCUGAUGACGUCAUUGAGGGACACGUGGACAUCGCCGCCCGUGAACACUUCUACAUGGAGAGUCAGAGUGUUCUGGUAAAGCCAAGACCAGAACAUAACGAGGUGGACAUCUACUGCACGUCACAAGACCCUACUGGAACACAGGGCAAUAUCGCCAGGGUACUCGGAGUUCCCCUCAACCGUGUCGUUUGCCACGUCAAACGAAUUGGGGGCGGUUUUGGUGGAAAGGGGACCAGGAACGACGCCCUGUCUCAGCCUAUAGCCGUAGCUGCGUACAAGUACCGUCGGCCGGUGAGGUGUGUGCUGGACAGGAGAACGGACAUGACCAUCUCGGGGAAGGCGCCCGGGUUUCAUGCGGAUUACAAGGUCGGCUACACCAAAGACGGACGGAUCCAGAGCGUUGUCAUGGAUGUGUACGUCAACGCUGGUCAUGCUGCUGAUAUCACUUACACUGUUCUUCAAAUAUGUGUGUUGAACUUCGAGUCAGCGUACCGCUGCCCCAACUGCCGUAUAACGGGAUACCUUUGCAAGACAGACACUCCUCCUAAUACAGCGUUCAGAGGGUUCGGUCAGCCUGACAUUAACCUGGUGUCGGAGAUGAUGAUAACGGAGGUCGCCAGAAGACUCAACAUCGCUGACACUCAGGUGCGUGAGAUAAACCUGUUCAGAGAGGGUGACGUCACGGUGACGGGGAUGUUGCUGGACAACUGCACGCUGUCUCGCUGUUGGCGUCAGUGUCUGGAGGAAAGUCAGUACGAAGUCCGGAAGACAAAGGUGAAAGAAUUUAACAGGAACAACGAAUGGAAGAAAAGGGGUAUUACCAUUGUUCCAUAUCGGUUUGGAGUCGGUUUCGAGACCAGACUCUUGGCUAAAGCAGGUGCGCUGGUGCACGUGUACGUGGACGGCUCGGUGCUACUGGCCCACGGAGGGACGGAGAUGGGCCAGGGACUCUACAUCAAGAUGAUACAGGUAGCUUCCCAUGUUCUUGGAGUGCCAGCCAGGGACAUCCACACCACCGAGACGAGCACCAACACCGUCCCCAACACCCCGCCGACAGCAGCCAGCACAUCUUCAGACCAGAAUGGCAAGGCUGUCAAGGCUGCAUGUGAGGAGAUAAUGCAUCGGCUUGAGCCGAUCAAGAAGAACAACCCCGACAAGACAUGGAAGGACUGGGUGAUUGAGGCCUACAUGACGAACGUCAACCUGUCGGCAGCUGGAUACUAUGGGUCGAGUGAACUGAAUAGCUUUGACAUAAAGACCCUCAAAGGGAAGUCAGCUGACUAUUUCACAUAUGGUGCUGGGUGCUCAGAGAUAGAAGUGGACUGCCUAACCGGGGAAUGCCAGAUCCUCCAGACGGACAUGGUCGUCGAUGUGGGUCGGAGCCUUAACCCGGGGAUAGACCUCGGACAAAUAGAGGGCGCUUUCCAAAUGGGAUGUGGGCACAUGUUGCUGGAGAGCGCCGUGGUGUCUGAGGAUGGAUGGAUGGUGAAGGAGGGACCUGGUGAAUACAAGAUACCCACCGUGAGGAACAUCCCCCGGAAACUCAACGUGUCCCUGCUCAAAGACAGUGCCAACCCGCAUGGUAUUUUUUCCUCAAAGGGAAUCGGCGAACCUCCAAUAUGCAUAGCUAUGUCAGUAUACUUCGCCCUGAGAGCCGCCAUAUUGGAUUGCCGCUUGUCAAAUGGCUGCAGUGGCCACUUUGAUUUGCACGUGCCAGCAACUGCAGAAAGGAUCCGAGAGGUUUGUCGUUCGUGUAUCUACACGUUGAGAGACCCAAAACCUUAAUCCUUAAUACCUUCGCUACAGUUUCGAGGCGAUGCCUCAAAGAGGAACUGUUUGUACUCGGGCAUGUUGUCUUCAUGGAAUAACAAUAGAGAAAUGGUCUAACAGAAUAAAAAUACCACGUGAUGUAUGGAAAUAAGUCAACAAAGACCAUAGCUUGUACCUGAAUGCAAUGACUUAUAAACAUAUUUGUUGUAAACCAAGGAAGUAUUUUUCACAUUUUGACAUUAUCGAGUGCCUGUAUGCAAUCACGUAUAGACAUAUUCGUUGUAGACCGAGGAAGGAUUUUUCCAACUUUGACAUUUGCUUCUGCCUGAAUACAAUGACUUAUAAACAUAUUUUUUGUAAACCAAGGAAGGAUUUUUCAAAUUUUGACAUUCGCGACAUUUUUUAAUUAUGGACAGUUAUCAAGCUGUUGGUAAUUUAGAGAAAAGUGAAAUUGAUCUUUGCAAUGCUUGUAGUAGCGGGUCUUUAAAUGUGGUCUAGAAGCCAGAGCCCCAAAAUGGUGAAAAUGUGGUUCAAUUCUGGCGACCGAAUGGGAAUUGAUUUUCCACAAUCAGGAAUGAUUUAGCUUUGAUUUAAAGCCGAUUUCCAUCAGCUACCGUGCGUAAAAAGGGGCCCUUUUAAGGUGCAACAUAUCACGUCAGUUAUGACAAUAUUUUAACUGAUAGCUGGAUGGUUUAAUUUAAUAAUUUAAUUCGGAUUGACCGAAUUUCAUCUAAAUAGUAGUUUUGGAAUGCUGAGAUCAUGAUUUAAAAUUGUGGACAAUAAUAUUACAUACUGUAUAUGCUCAUCGAAAAAAACAACUGGUAAGGUCAAAGGUCAAUUUUAAUAGAAAGGGCAUUUGAUGAGAAAAUAUGAGUUGAACUUUACAAAUUAAAGAUAAUUUUCCAAUAUUAUGUUUUCCUAAAUCAGCUAUAUCAUUUGCAGGUCAUUUAUUCCUUUGGUUGGCACUGUAUGCAUAAAAACACGUUACAAGGUAACAAAGGUUGGUGCUUUGUAUUUAGAUAAGCAAGAUAUUACAUAAUGUCUGUUCAACAGUAACAGCUCCAUGCUUUACAUAGUAUCAACGACACCAAAUAUGUCGAAUAUACUGUUAGACUAUCAUUAAAAUUACACAACAUAACAAAGCUCUUGAAUGUAUAAUUCUAUUAUUCCAGAUGUCUUUCUUUGCUCAUUAAAGAAUGACGAGUCA